AUGUCCAAUCAGUGCACCCUUACCAGGACUCAAGCUCCAAGAAGAAAUUAUUUCCAAUUCUGGGAACAACAGCUCUUCGCUCAGAAACGCAAAUCUGUUGGAGAAUUUGACGGGCUGGAUCUAGAAGAUGCCAAGAAAUUACAACAGGCAGCCGAUGAAAUAGUUGCGCAUCUUGUGAAUCAUCUUGCGCUUGCCUUUGAAAGGAGAUGGAAUGGAUGA